GAGAGGUUUAUCAAACUUUUUUUUUUUUUUUUUCUUUUUCUGCCUUUGCCAUUUAAUUAAUUUCUAGCAGGCUGUUUCAGUUAAUCUUGGUUUUGCUGUCCUGUUUUGCUUCCAUUAAGAGAAGAUACUACAAGAUCAUCUGAGUUUAGAAGCCAUCUAAUGCCUUAAUGGCUUGCCAGAUAUAUUGGUUGAUUUUGAUGGGGCUUUUCUGUGUUAGCUGCGAAGUAUCUGAGCCUAUAGAUACGAUGUGCACUGAGAUUAUAGCCAACAAAAGCUAUAGCUGUGAAGAUUUAGGACUGAGAGAGAUUCCUGAAAGACUUCCAACCACAACAGAAAUCCUUGACUUCAGCUUUAAUUUGCUUUCUUCCCUUCACAAUUCAACCUUCAGCAAGCUAAAGAAUCUGGUAUACUUAGACUUAACAAGGUGUCAAAUUAACUGGGUGUACGAAGGUGCCUUUCAAAGCAAUGCUCAUCUGAAUAUUAUUGUCUUGACUGGAAAUCUACUCAUGUUUCUGGCUGACACAGCAUUUGUUGGCCCGCAGUCUCUGAAGCAUCUUGUCUUAACUCAGACAGGUCUAACCAACUUAGCAUUUAUUCCAAUGCAGAAUCUGGAUAAUUUAGAGACUUUUGACUUGGGCAGCAAUCACAUUUCCUCACUGCAGCUCCCUCCAAGCUUUCCCACCAGAAACCUCAAAUACCUUGAUUUUCAAAUGAACAACAUACAAAGAAUAGCAGCAAAAGACAUAGAUAUUCUGCUGCAGACAAAGAAUUUAACUCUGAUCUUGAAGGGCAAUGAUAUUAUGCACAUUGAAGCUGGUGCGUUCCAGUACAACUUAUUUUACAGCUUGGACUUUGGAGGUUGCAUUGACAUUUCUGUGGUUUUAGCAGGGAUGCAGGAUACCAGAACCCAUACUCUUUGGUUGGGGACAUUUGAGGAUGCAGACAAUGGGAUUCCCAUAAACCCUACUAUGCUACUGAACCUGUGCAAUAUCUCUGUGGUGGAUAUUAGUCUGCAAAAACGGCAUUUCCUUCAUUUAACUGCUGCCACAUUUCAGUGUUUGAACAAACUCCAAAGGCUGGAUCUGACUCACACCUACAUCAGCAUGUUGCCUCCUGACAUCAGUGGCAUGAACAUGUUGGAAGAAUUAAUUCUCAAUAGGAACGCCUUUAAGCACAUUUGCAACAUUAGCUCCACCGCCUUCCCCUCCCUCACCCACCUCUAUAUCAGAGAAAAUGCUGAGAAUCUGGAUUUAGGUUCUGGCUGUUUAGAAACAUUGUCAAAGCUUCAACACUUGGAUUUAAGCCACAGUUACAUAGAAAAUUUAGACUGCUGCAGCAACCAGCUAAAAGGCCUGAGUGGAUUACAGCACCUGAAUCUGAGCUACAACAAGCAGCUUCAGCUCCAAGAUUUGGCCUUUAAGGAAGGUGCUAACCUGGAGCUCCUGGAUUUAGCUUUUACACGUCUUCACAUCAAUGCUUCCCAGGGUCCCUUCCGCAAUCUGCAUCUCUUGCAUGUCCUGAACCUUUCUUAUUCCUAUAUCGAUACCAACAUUCAGCACCUUUUACAGGGGCUGCAAAACCUUUUCCUGUUGAACCUUAGAGGGAAUAAGUUUCAGUCAGGGACCAUUCCGAAUGAAAAUCUCUUUCACCAGCUACCCAGUUUAGAGAUGUUAAUUUUAUCAUUCUGUGAUCUGACAGCUAUACAAAACCAAGCAUUUCACACUCUCAAGAAGCUAAAGCAUGUUGACCUGAGCCACAACAAGCUUAUUGCAUUCAGCACAGAUGCCUUUUCCAAUCUCAAGAGCAUCUACCUCAAUUUUGCCAAUAAUAGGAUCCAUAUUAUACCACGUGACAUGUUAACUAACUUAUCAGGCCAGAGUAUAAUCAAUUUAAGUUACAAUCCACUGGAAUGCACCUGCUCUAAUAUUGGUUUAAUCACUUGGUACAAGCAGAAUAUGGAUAAAAUUGAAGACCCUGAAGGGACAGUGUGUUGUGAGCCCAAAGCUCUAGCAGGUGCUAAGCUGUCCACUGUAACUCUCCCCUGUGGGAUCAACGUUGCAGGAAUUGUUUGCACAGUGCUGGGUUUGAUAUUGCUUGUUGCUGUUAUCUUGGUUUGGGUCAUACGCUUUUUAAAGAGAAAUUACCAACAACUCUAAGUGAAAGGUGGCUCCAUAACAGUCAUUUUUAAAUAAAGGAAGAAAGGACAGUUACUAGACAGACUGAAGAAAAGGUAAUUGCUCCUACUUGUUGCUUUGUUCCUGGGCAAUACUCCUUUUAACCUUAGUAUUGCAUGCCCCAUUCUCAUUCUUAGCAACUGAUUUAGGAAAAAUUACUAUGAAAAAACAAACCCUGGCCAGAUCCUGUGAAGAACUUUAGCCACACAAGUAACACAGUAGGGUCCUGAUCUAUGACAAGGGCUCCUAGGCUCUCUGAUAAUACAAAUAAUAAUAAUUAGUCCCACUGAAGUCUGCCACUAGUCCUCAACUAUAAGCUAGCACUGGGGCCUCAGGCAGCUGAGUGAGCUAGGAGGAAACGGGGGAGAAAUGUAGUGGGAAUA